GGUCAAAGAUCCGAAGAAAUCCAAAUCUAAAACGAAUUCCGCUCAAAAAUAAAAGAUCCAAUCCCAGCUGCUGUUACGGCGGUUACAGCUGCAGCAUUCCCAAUCUCGAUUCGUGCGUCUCCUUCGCGAGCAUUUUCUUCUCCUCCCUCCGUUCCGGCCUAUGUUUAGCCUCCCAUCCGCGGCCAUAAGCUCGUCUUCCCCUUCCUCUUUCUUCUCAUCCCUCUCUUCGACGGAGAGGGAGAGUGAGAGAGACGGAAAGAAGAGAAGAAGAGAAAAAAAGAGGAGGGUUUCGGAAUCCCUCCUCCUCAGCUCCUAAUCUCUUCUUCCAUUCUCCCUUUGGGCAGAGGAGUGGAUUAGAGUAGCUAAUACUCCUCUUCUUGCUUGUAAUGGCCAUGGAAGGAGAGAAGCGGAGGUACAUCACCUCGGAGGAGCUCCGGGGUCAUAACACCAAGGCCGACCUCUGGAUCUCGAUCCAGGGGAAGGUCUACGACGUGACCCGGUGGGUCAAGGACCACCCGGGGGGCGACAUCCCCCUCCUCAACCUCGCCGGCCAGGACGUCACCGACGCCUUCGUCGCCUACCACCCCGGCACCACCUGGGCCCUCCUAGACCGCUUCUUCGUCGGCUACCUCGCCGACUACCGCGUCUCCCCCGUCUCCAGGGACUACCGCCGCCUCGUCGCCGAGUUCGCCCGCCUAGGCCUCUUCGACAAGAAGGGCCACGGCGUCCUCUUCUCCCUCAUCUUCAUGGUCGUCCUCUUCGUCGUCUCCGUCUCCGGCGUCCUCUUCUCCACCAGCACCUUCGUCCAUCUGAUCGGCGGCUCGCUCAUGGGCGUUCUCUGGAUCCAGUCGGGCUUCCUCGGCCACGACUCCGGCCACUACAACGUCAUGAGCACCCCCGGCCUCAACCGGCUGAUGCAGAUCCUCUCCGGCAACUGCCUCACCGGGAUAAGCAUCGGCUGGUGGAAGAGGAACCACAAUGCCCACCACAUUGCCUGCAACAGCCUGGAUUUCGACCCCGACCUCCAGCACAUCCCUUUCUUCGCCGUGUCCUCCAAGUUCUUCACCUCCUUGACCUCCUACUUCUACGAGAGGAAGCUCGCGUUCAAUUCCAUCGCCCGGUUCUUGGUGAGCUACCAGCAUUGGACCUUCUACCCGGUCAUGUGCGUCGCCAGGGUCAAUCUCUUCGCGCAGUCGGCGAUCCUCCUGCUCUCGAACAAGAAGGUGCCCGGCCGAUGGCAGGAGACGGCGGGGUGCAUCGUUUUCUGGAUUUGGUAUCCUCUGCUCGUCUCCACGCUGCCCAACUGGACCGAGAGGGUGGUAUUUGUCGUGGCGAGCUUCGCGGUCACCGGAAUCCAGCAUGUCCAGUUCUGUUUGAACCACUUCUCGGCGAGCGUCUACGUCGGGCCGCCUCGUGGGAAUGAUUGGUUCGAGAAGCAGACGAUGGGGACGCUCGAUAUCCUGUGCUCUCCAUGGAUGGAUUGGUUCCAUGGAGGGUUGCAGUUCCAGGUGGAGCACCACCUGUUCCCCCGCCUGCCGAGGUGCCACCUCCGGCGGAUCUCUCCGUACGUGAAGGAGCUCUGCAAGAAGCAUGGCUUGCCAUACACAGCUGCAUCGUUCUGGGACGCCAAUGUGAGGACGAUUGCGACUCUGAGGACCGCGGCAUUGGAAGCUGGGGACCUGGCGAACCCGGUGCCGAGGAAUUUGGUCUGGGAGGCUGUGAACACCCAUGGCUGAGGCUUCGAAGGAUUAUUCUUUCUGGCGCAGUUCGACUUGGUGUUUGAGGGGCGUUCUUUCCCGACAUUGAUUGUGAUAAGCGGGAGAGGAUUGCUGUUCCGAGGAGGAAAAGCACCAACGGGCUCUGCCUAUAUGGGUGGGAUUUGUUGCAUGAGCUCAAGAUUUAAUUGAGCUGGGAGAGUGAACUAUUGUUGCAUUUACCUCUGCCUUUGUCAUUUUUGGUAGCCCUGCAAACUAGUUUGACUAAUUGUUGUAGCCUCUCUCCCAUAGGCAACGGACGCCAUAAUUUGGUAGUUUGGUAUGAAAAAUUACAUAAUUCUGAA